AUGGUGGAAGUGUCUCUUACUGUAGGAAAAGUAGACGCGUCGUUAGCGAUUCUCACGACCAGCGAUCACUAUGUGAUUGAGUUUCCCACUGUGUUGUUGCCCGAGAAUGUUGAAGCGGGAUCAGUGGUGAAGAUAUCGGUAGAGCAAGACUUGGAGCAAGAAAAAGAGCAAAAACGUAAGUUUGAGUCGGUGCAAGAACAAAUUCUCAGCAAGUACGGAAGUGAUCCACCAUCAGAGCCGGUGCUACAUCUAUUGAAUGCCACACAGACGAGUUGUGUUAUCAAUUGGGACCCAAUUCAUUUGGGCUCGUCGCAAUUGAAGUCGUUGAUUUUGUACAAGCAGGGGAACAGACAUUUGGUGCUUACGCAGGAUGCUUGGGGCAAACAGCAGGAGAACGGACACGGCGCAAACCCUUGGGAACUGGAGAAUGACCAGCAUAAUACGCUGAAGGUUUCUGGUCUCUCGGUUGAUGUCGAGUACGAAUUCCAACUCUUGCUGAAUACAACCUCAGGGAAGUUCUGGUCGAAUGUGUUGAAGGUACAUACACACAAGAUGACAGACAUGUCUGGUAUCACUGUUUGCGUGGGACCAAACACGGUGCUAGACGGUACAGCCACGCGUGAGCAGAUCAAACGUUCGUUGAGCAAAAUAGGAGCAAAUCCGUUGCAAGACCACGUCACUUUGGAGACGACGCACUUCGUGGCAGUUGAACUUCAGGACAAUGAUGAAGAAUUGGCUAGGGCCAGAAAUAACAACAUUCCAAUUGUGAGACCUGAGUGGGUGAAGGCUUGUGAAUUGGAGAAGAGAAUCGUUGGGGUUAGAGAUUUCUAUUUGGAUUCCGCACCUGACACCUUUUCGCAAUACAAAUUUACCGAUGAGUCAGCCGAAACGGAGCCAGCUUUAGAGACCGUAAGAGAGGAAUCUGUUGAACAGCCAGUCGAAGAGCCAGUCGAAGAGUCAGUCAAGGAACCAGUCGAAGAGCCAGUCGAAGCAAAGGAGGGCACCGUGGAGGUUCCAAUUGAUGCUCCAGCCGAACCAACCACAGAUACCACAGAGUCCAAUGACGUACAAGAGUCUGAAAUACCGGUGGAAGAACCAGAGAAAACCGAACAGCCAGCAGAACAAUUCGACGAAGUUCCAAUUGAAAAUACGUCCGAGCCAGCAGAACAACUUGAUGAAGUUCCAAUCGAGCAACCUGAGGACGUAUCAGAGGCAACUCCAGUUGAAAAGAUUUCAGAAGAGACUCCAGCUGAUGAAGCUCCAAAAGAGACCCCAGUUGAAGAAGCUCCAAAGGAAACCCCAAUUGAGGAAGCUCCAAAAGAGACCCCAGUUGAAGAAGCUCCAAAGGAAACCCCAAUUGAGGAAGCUCCAAAAGAGACCCCUGUUGUAGAAGCUCCAAAGGAAACCCCAAUUGAGGAAACUCCAAAUGAGACCCCAGUUGAAGAAGCACCAGAAGAAACAGCAGCUGAGGAAGCACCAGAAGAAACUCCAGCUGAAAAGGCUCCAGAAGAAACAGCAGCUGAGGAAGCACCAGAAGAAACAGCAGCUGAAGAAGCUCCAAAUACUAACCCUGCAGAAGUAGAAUCAGGGGAAGAAUCAGAGGUACAAGUAGACAACACAGAGGAAACGUCUCCAGAAGCCGUAGAAACAGAAAAUAAGCCUUCUUCUGCACCAGCUUCGAGUUCAAGCUCUAAAAAGAAGAACAAGAAAAAGAAAAAGGGCAAAAAAUAA